CAUUUGACACUCAAUCUGUAAUAUGUAGAUUUUAUAUGGGUUUAACAGAUCACGGUCCACAAUCGAUCCCAUCAGCUUUCAAUGCGGCGGGCUGAGGUCGCAUUGGCAUGGCCCUCAUAAGGAUGACGGUCUCUCGAAGCGUACGCAGGUAUAUGGGACAAACAACACUACAACAGUUAAUGGCAGGCUUUCCACAAGGAUCAGUGCUGGGUCUGCUCCCGCCGAACUUUAUGUACGAUGGCGUAUUGGCAGCACAUUGACAAUGAAUUUUGAAGAGGACGUUGCUCUCGUUUUCGUAAUUAAGCACAUUGGAAAGGUCGAGGACGCAGCUAAUAGGGCAGUCGCUAAUGUGAAAUUUUGGCUAGCAGCGAUGGGAUCACAAUUGGCUGAACAUAAAACCGAGGUGGUGCGCAUAAGCAGCCGAAAAUGCGUCGGAACUAUGUACGCAGGUCCAUGCGACGAGCAGUCACUAGAGCAGUUUGGUACCAUUUGGUCGACAGUAUUUGUCGACACAACAGAAUGGAGAAAGCGAAUGCAGGAAGCUAGAUUUUGGAAUGAACAUAACUUCAUCGAUUAAGAAACCAAUGCUAAACAAAUGGGUUGCGAUCUACCUACAUACAUGCCCAUCAUAAAUGAAAAACCAAAAACACCUUAAAAAAAACGAUAAUUUUUUCAUAUUAUCGUCUAUAAGUUAGGAUUCUGUAGAAAUCUUUCAGACAGCCUGCUACCUAGACGUUCGUCAAGUCCAUCUUCAGGUGAACACAAAAGUGAUCCUGACGAGUACUUGGGCCACAGGUUUCCCUGUGGCCCAAUAUUAUCCCGGGAUCGAAAGUUAUAGAGCUUUUUCUGAGGUUUUUUGUUUUAAUUUCUUGCGUAUUGCGAAAGUACCCAUAAGCAAAUCAUGAUCAAUUUUCGACCUACAUACUGAACGCAUCAUGAAAUGGCUAGGCCACACUUCAGGUUUCGAACUUCUUUUCUACGAUUAUGGCAAACCGACAAAAAUAGAAGAUCAAAACGAUCACUUUUGGUAAAAAAACGAUACUUUUAGUCUCGCAAAGUAGGUAACGUAGAAAAAAAUUGAUUGUAGUUAUAACGCACUCGGUAGUUCUAGUGUCAAAUUACAUGCCCAGUGUGCGACGGAUAAAGCGGCCGGGAUUUAAUCGGGUUUGGCACGCUUUAUGCCAAAUAUCAGAGGACCAAGAUGUGGUGCAAGAAAACCCAUAGCACAAAAAAAUGACAAGCGGAUAUGCGCCCUUCGAACGUUCUUGGAGGAAGCGAUAGACCUCUUGCCGGAUGAGUUAUAUUUAAUUCUUAUGAAUUUCCCAAAAAAAUACAAAUAUUUUUCUAGUAUCUGAAUUAAAUCAUGCACUAUAUAAAAAUUUUAUCCGACACAGGCCUUAACUGGUCACGGUUGCUCCCGAAGUUAUCUGAAUCGAUUCGGAUAUGAUAGUUUACCAAAACGUCCAAACUGUGCAGACGCCGAAGGUGAUAUGAAGCACAUGAUAAUCAAUUGCCCGAAAUUCGUAAUUGUGGUUCGGGCGAAACAAUUGAGAGCACGACCGAAAGCCCCGAACCAUGUGGCACUGUGACCAACUUCUCCUCUAAGGUGCUCCGGGAAUUAAGGUGCUCCAGGAAUUAAAGAAACAGCGUGCGAGAAAGUAAAUGAAACCCAAUAGGGUAGUGUCUGCGAAUUAAUUUGUAACGGUGGUCCCAUGAGAGAGGGUGGCGAAUAAAGCGUCUGUGGACGGUAGUUAUAGUACGUAGGCGUUAUAGUGCGUGGAAACCGAGCACUAUUCGCCAUAAAUGGCAAAAAAAGAAACACACACACUCUCGCACACAAAUUGUUUAUCAACAACCAAUACAUUAAUACCGAUUUUUUCUCUUCUUAAAAUUUCUUGCCUAUUAACCUUAAAAAAUCGUAUACGAAUCUCGCAAAAAUUUCUUAUUGAAAUCUUGCUUCUCAGAUAGAAAAUAUAAAAAUGAUAUUUAGUCGUAACAACUUUGCUUCGUUAGCUUAGUGCUAAAGUAGAACUCUCUCUAAAUGAAGUCUUUAUCAAUAUCAAAAAAGGCCCCUAGGGGGCGUAAACAAAAAGUCGUAAGCAUUUUAAUUAAAUGCAGAUCUGUAAAGUUAUAAACUUUCAGUGGCAAAUAUUUUAGGAAAAUCGCUUACCAUAUGAAUCUAAAGUAACACCUAACUAAUUAGUGAUCUUAACCGAUAGAUUGCUGUCGGUGCUGGCUCUACUUUGCCACAACAAAACAUAAAGCGUUUUGAAAUUUAUGAUUUAAGCUACAUUAGCACUGCCAGAAAGAUACGGUAACGAACUUGUAAGACGAU